GGGAGUGUAUUACACGUGUCUAUAAACUAGCCAUCUGAGAGACAAUCAUGCUAUCUUAUCAUACAUUUGUUGUUGUUGUUGUUUUUUUUUAAACCUAAGUAGGCAGAGGUUUCACCACCAUGCAUAUUGUAUAUCUAGAUCUACAUUAGCACUAGUUAUUGAAAACAUAGGGACACACGUUGGAAGGAACUAAAAUCAGAUUUGAGGAUAAGUAUAUAUUGUAGCCUGAUAUAUGAAAGACAACCUCCAAAUGGCUUGUUCUGAGUCUGUAGGAGUAAAGAAACAAAUCAUUAUGAUUAACAUCGCUGAGAGCAUCUCUGACAUGAAAUACAUGGAUGUGACGUGGGCUGGACAUAAAGGAGCGCAUCGUCUGACGUCACUGGCGGAUCUACGACACGCUGCUCUGCUCUCUGCUCCUCCACUGCGCUGUUGCUGAUGCGGCGCUCCGAGUCACAAUGAGGCGGAAGCUCAAGUUAUUUGAGAGAAUGUUCUCUCCGGUACGUCCGCUCACAUAUUACAGCAUCGAGCAAGAACCUCGGCGUGUCCCACACUGUGUGGAGAUGUUGGGGAAGCGAGGAGUGAAAGCGGACUUCGGAGCAGGUCAGAACCAAUCGGACCAGAACGGAUGCUGAAGUUGCAUGGCUUUCUAUUAGUCCGCUUCCAGCAGAAACCGGGCUCGAAGUCUCGUGCGUAUUUAUGCCUUUUAAACAUUAAUAAUAAUAUCGCAUACUUCCUACAUAAUAGGCGAUUUCUUAUGUACAGAGAAACCACAGUGAUAAAACAUGGCAGUGCCUAAUAUGGUGUUUUCGGACGUUGAAACUUUCCUGGAUAACCACCCCGAAUUGUUUGAGGACUAUCUAAACAGAAAAGGGAAACACAGCAUGGUAGAAAAAUGGCUCAAAAGCCACCAAGCAAAUAAAACCCCUACGAAUUCCACCACGGAAGCGGAGAAAUCCCAUGUGUGUAAGGACAGCUGGGCGAGUAAGGGAGACGGGCUGCAGCGGAGAGCAUCACAGAAAGAACUGCGCAAAACUUUCGCUCGCUCCAAAGCCGUCAGCGCGAACAGGACGUACGACGAGCACGUGAACUCGCGAGCUCAGGAGCCGCUGACCAGCAUGCGGAGACGCGCUUUACUAAGGAAAGCCAGCUCCUUACCCCCAACUACAGCACACAUCCUGUCCGCGCUGCUCGAGUCGCGCGUCAACAUCCCACAGUACCCUUCCACUGCCGUGGACUUCAAAUAUUACCUCAAAGAGCACAACGAGCGCGAGUUCUUCCUGGAGCUGGUGAAAGACAUCUCCAAUGACCUGGAUUUAACCAGCCUGAGCUACAAGAUUUUGGUGUUUGUGUGCAUCAUGGUGGAUGCUGAUCGCUGCUCGCUGUUCCUGGUGGAGGGCACUGCGAAUAAAAAGACUCUGGUGUCCAAAUUUUUUGACGUUCACGCCGGGACCACCGUCCUGCCAUCCCUGAGCAACUCGGAUGAAGUCCAGGUUCCGUGGGGGAAAGGGAUUAUAGGUUAUGUUGCUGAGCAUGGAGAGACUGUUAAUAUCCCCGACGCGUAUCAGGACCAUCGUUUCAGUGAUGAGAUUGAUAAGUUGACAGGUUAUAAGACCAAGUCACUGCUGUGCAUGCCCAUCCGGAGCAGUGAUGGAGAGAUCAUAGGAGUGGCACAGGCCAUCAACAAGAGCCCUAGCGGCGCACUGUUCACUGAGGAUGAUGAGAAGUUGCAGGUGUUGCAGAUGUACCUGCCCUUCUGUGGAAUCGCUAUCUCCAAUGCUCAGCUCUUUGCUGCGUCCAGAAAGGAGUAUGAUAGGAGCAGGGCUCUCUUAGAGGUAGUGAAUGAUUUGUUUGAGGAACAGACAGACCUGGAGAAGAUUGUGAGGAAGAUUAUGCAUCGUGCUCAAACCCUGCUCAAGUGUGAACGCUGCUCUGUACAGCUACUGGAGGACAUUGAGUCUCCGGUAGUGAAGUUUACUAAGUCCUUUGAGCUACUGUCACCAAAGUGUAGUGCAGACACAGAGAACAGCUUUAAGGACAGUAUGGAAAAGUCAUCAUAUUCAGACUGGCUGAUUAACAACAGUAUAGCUGAGCUGGUGGCCUCCACUGGUCUGCCGGUCAACAUUAGCGACGCCUACCAGGACCCCCGUUUCGACGCUGAGGCAGAUCAGUUUUCUGGGUUCCACAUCCGCUCUGUGCUGUGUGUGCCGAUUUGGAACAGCAACCACCAAAUAAUUGGCGUUGCACAGGUCCUAAACAGGUUGGAUGGGAAACCAUUUGAUGAUGCAGACCAGAGACUGUUUGAGGCAUUUGUGAUAUUCUGUGGACUGGGGAUCAAUAACACAAUAAUGUAUGAUCAGGUGAAGAAAUCUUGGGCCAAGCAGUCUGUGGCCCUGGAUGUGCUGUCGUAUCAUGCCACUUGCUCUAAGACAGAAGUGGACAAGUUUAAGGCAGCAAACAUCCCUCUGGUGUGUGAGCUGGGCAUUGAUAAGCUCUCCUUUGAUGACUUUUCUCUGGACGUGGAUGCCAUGAUAACUGCAGCCCUGCGCAUGUUCAUGGAGCUUGGCAUGGUGCAGAAAUUCAAGAUAGACUAUGAGACUCUGUGUAGGUGGCUGUUGACUGUAAGGAAGAACUAUCGUAUGGUUCUGUACCACAACUGGAGACACGCGUUCAAUGUCUGCCAGUGCAUGUUCUCCAUGCUUACUACUGCAGGCUUCCAAGAGACCCUCUCAGAGUUGGAGACCUUAGCACUCAUUGUUGGCUGUGUGUGCCAUGAUUUGGACCACCGUGGAACCAACAAUGCAUUCCAGGCCAAGACAGGUUCUGCUCUAUCUCUCCUCUAUGGGACCUCAGCUACUAUGGAGCAUCACCACUUCAACCAUGCUGUCAUGAUUCUGCAGAGUGAAGGCCAUAAUAUAUUCUCCAAUUUGUCAUCCCGGGAUUAUGGAGACCUCAUGCAGCUGCUGAAACAGUCCAUCCUGGCUACAGAUCUCACACUGUACUUUGAGAACAGAAACCGUUUCUUUGAGCUGGUGAAUAAAGGGGAAUAUAACUGGAACGUUAAAGAACACAGAGAUAUGUUCAGAUCAAUGUUAAUGACUGCAUGUGAUUUGGGAGCUGUGACCAAGCCGUGGGAAAUCUCUCGCAAGGUAGCCGAGCUGGUCACCAGUGAGUUUUUCGAGCAGGGAGACAGAGAGAGAUCUGAACUGAAGCUGACUCCUUCUGCCAUCUUUGACCGGAACCGAAAAGACGAGUUGCCGGGUUUGCAGUUGGAAUGGAUUGAUGGUAUCUGUGCUCCACUGUACGAGGCUUUUGUAAAACUGAACCCUAAACUCCAGCCAAUGGUUGACAUGAUCCAGGCCAAUCGUGCCAUGUGGGAUGAACUGCACCAGAAGCGCCAGCGCAGCCAAGAACUGGUGAAACUCCCCAGCACUAGCUGUGAUGGUGAGAUUGGUGACAAUGACGUACCCAAAGCUGCGAGUUAGUUCCUGCCCACCACGCCACAUCAUGACCUCUGACCUCUAAACCCAACCCAACCGCAGUGCUGUGCAUGUUGGGAGUUUUGGCUCUGCUGCGAGCUUCAAGCUGCUGGAGAAACGAUGGUGAUCUGAUCUCACCGUGCCCCUGCAGGCUGCAUGUAUGAGCUCUCACCACUGGGUGCGAGAGUAACAGGCAGCUGUGACCGAGUGUUUUCUGUUUGAUGUUUUUC